AUGGCAAGAAAUGCUCAAAUCUCUUCUAGACAGCCCAAACGUAAAUUGGCAACAGCAAAAAAGUCGCCUAGACGUAGUAAUGUAUCAACUUCAAGUAGUGGUCCUUCUUCAACGAGAAGAUCCAGAC